CCUGAGCUCGAACUUUUAUGAUCCCUCAAGCCCUUCAAAACCUGACCCCCAAAUGGAAAACUCAGAGAAAGCAGUUGAUCAGAGCUAUUGGGUGACCCAAAUAAAGAAAGAUCCUGAAGAAUUUGAGGAGUACCUAAAUAAAUCCAUCACGAGAACAGGUGGUUACAAACACUUGUUCAAAAAGAGAGGUAUUUCAGCUAAACAUAAAAAGAGAAGGCUAGGGAAUAGAGCUCCAAGGACCAGGAGACCAAUCACAGCAAAGACGAACAAGUCAAUGUACCAGGAUAGCUCCUUAUCUAAUCUUUACGAAUCCAUGUUUAAGGGUCCUGAGGAGCAAUACAGUGAACUCCUUCGCAAGACUAAAAGUUGCUCCAAGAAACAAGAAGGAUUCACAAAACGUAGAAACAAACUUGAAUACGAAGAGCUUGAAUACAAAGUAAAACUCCAGAUGAAGCUUGAUGAAAGGACCAAGAAAGUCAAAAAGUGUCAAGAACUCUAUGCGAAAGGCAGCAUUGAAAAACUAAAGCAUCGGAAAACUUAUGAACAGACUAUGAAUAACUGUGAAAAACUAGCCUCCAUCUCUCGAGAGAAGGCUUAUAAAUAAAGCGAAGCAGUCUCAGAGGGAAAUGGAAAGAUUUUAUAAGGAAAGGAAUUACCAGGAUGAACAAAUUGUACUUAAUCUAGGGAAUAUUCAUAACAAGCGUCUUAAGACCCAACUUGAACAGGAAAAGAACAAUUUAAAGAAUUACAAUAAAGAAGCUUUGCAUAGCUCUAAAUAAAGUCCAGAAAAUCAAUGAAGAUAUCUCAAAAAGACGAGCCAAGAGCAAGCGGAUCCAGAGACGCAACUGUGAUCAAGCCAAGGAACAUUACAAUGCUGUUAGGGAGAGACUUCACAAGACUCAGUUCGAAAAAGAAUUCCGUGAAAAAGAGAGACUGCUAGAAAAAUAAAAAGAAACAUGAACAGUCCAAACUUGUCCUAAGAGAGAACCGCCAGAUGCUUAAAUACAAAUCCCACAAGAAACUUGAACAGCAGAAGAGGAUCAAGCAGCGCCAAGAGGAAAGAAUCAAACAGAUCUCUGAGGUGAUCAAAGAUAUAGACAAACGAAACAAGAAGCGCUCUGCCAAUGUCAACCAUAUUCAGAAAUGUAAGCAGAGCUACCUAGAGUUUAAGAAGCAGAAAAACCAAGAAACUGAGCUAAAGCAUAAGAACAAGAUCAGCAUGAUCAAGAGAAAGGAUAUUAACAGAAGAGAAAAGUUGAUUGAUAGGAUCAUUGAAAAGAAUGAGAAGCAAGUCUAUACUUUAACUUUAGAGCCCAAAAGAUCCAGCAAGUUAAAACCCACUACCAAGACAAGAUCCUAAGGCAGAAGCAUCAGGAAAUGCUUCAUGAAACAGAACAUACCAAAAGUAUGGUACAUGAAAGAGAGAUGAUUGAUCAUAUCAAGAAGAAACUUAAAAAGAAGAAUUCUCAAAAACAAAUUGAGUAUUAAAUCAUUCA